UGAUCUGUGCCAAAGAGAGCGAGAGAAGCUCGACGUUGUCCAUAUAAUAUGUAAAGUACAAUAUCGUGUUUUUUAAAAGCGAUCGCCACAUCGAGCUUUUUAGUUGAACUUGAACAAUCGCAGCGGAUCAAUCGAUCAGAGGUUUAUCGAGUGGUCAGAUUUGAGUUGUGUAUUUUGUGUUCGUGUCUCCUUGUUUUUUUCCUCAUUUUUCAAUUUUAUUUUAUUUACAUUCCGACUUCUUGUCUUUUCCAACUAUAUUUGUUUUCAAACAAAACAUUCCACGGAUUUUUCCUGGAAUUUUUUGGAAAAACCAAAUAAUUAGCUAGACUGAUGAAUUUAUAAAGAAUAGUAAAAACUCUGUGAAAGUGUUUGGUUUUGAGGACAUAAACUUAGUUCAACUCUACGAUUUUUGAUUUUUCUUUUUUGGCUUGAGUGACAAAAGUUGUGAAAGAUCCUAAUUUCAAAAUAAAGGAAGACACGCCACAACCAUGGCGGACUCAAGUGAUUUAGUGCCGAUGCAUAUCGAUGAGGAUAAUUUGCAUUUGACAAAUUAUACCAAUUCAUCGGAUAGGCAGGUGGCGGCAAAAGUGGAGCGCAAUAAACGAUACUACAUUCAGAUGCAGAAAAAUUCCUCAGAGUCUGAAUAUGUGGGAAAGCGCGAACCGGGAAAGAAUCGCCAUGUGACGAAACAUACCCUUAAGAAAGUGGUGACAAUGGGGCGAUUUGAGGAGUUUGUCAAUCCCGUGGACAUCUCCACUGUACGCCGUCACAAUUAUCCGGCCAUAGAGUCCAAGAAAAUGGUGAGAAGAACCUCUUUUUCCAGUUAUACAGAAUUCAUAGUGACAGGUUUGGUGCAUUUUGUGCACUGUUCUAACGCACUUUCCAUGAAAGAAUGCACCAGGUGUCUCAGUGAUGGCUUUUUCACUGUGACACCCAUAAUCAUUGAUGAAAAAUCUCACUUCUCAAUGAAACGCGACGAUGUGUGUGGAUCGAUGACGUAACUUUAGCGGUUUGGCAUUGAUUUGUCGUACAACCUGAGCGAUAUAAUGAGGGGUUAACAAAUGACGAUCAUAUAAGCUUUUAACGAUGUUUACAUUGAAAAAUGGGAAAUUUGGUCAAAUAGUUAAGAUUUCUUCUAAGUACUGGGAUCUCAUUGAUUCAUUAAAGUGUCCAUUGCCGUUUUAGCGCUUCUUCUAGUCCUUCUAGUCCCAGAACGAAAUUACGGAAAGUUUCAUUAGACAUUGCUAAUUUAAAAUAAUAGGAUUAAUGUUUCUUAGAGAUAAGAGAUAUGAGUCAUGUUAGAAUACAAAAGUCCUUAUCCCAAAUUCGAUCAUGAACAAUUCGUUCACAAUUCCUACCUUAAAACUUCGUACCUGAUACAAUUCGUUCCUGGAAAUUACGUACCUGAACAUUUAGUGUGCAUAAGUUCAGGUACAAAACUAAAAAGGCAUACAUUUUAGGAUGAGAUAAUUUUGUCAAUAAACUUACAUAUAGGGCAAAGUUUAGGAUUUUGAACAACAUGGAUUCGGACAAACUAAUUUGGAAAUUCAGAAUUGGAUAAUCCAGUAAUAAUUUUCUAAUUUUGGAAACAGGCCUAACAGGAAACUGGAUGUACAGUAUUUUUUCGAAUAUUUUUAAUGGAAGCUAGGCUUUAAAUUAAUGUAAUUUAGCUGUACAAAACAAUUGUAGAACUAAAUUAAAUUGUGGUAAGACCCAGCUAUAUCAGUGUAGGCUCACCUGAAUUUAGCUGAGCUUCUCCCUAAGCAAUUUUAGACUAAUUUGAAGAUUCUGAAUUUCCCAAUACUAAGAAAUCACAGAUAGAGGUAACUUGUGUACAACGGUGCCGGUCAAAAACUCGAAAGCCAAAAUCCUGGAGUGACAUGAUAACUAAUUUUCGAUACUAUCGACUGUCAAUUCUGAAAAAUUUAAGGGAUAGCUGCUGUUCCUGUAACAAAUAUAGAUAUUCAUCAAUAGUCACAUUGUUUUAAGAAGGUUUCAAUGAAUGGCCUAACAAUGCGUAAAAAGUCGGCAUUCACUUAAUCUAACAGAUAUAGAUUUAUCCAUACUAUCGAUAUGGGUCAAAAUUUUGGGGUCGAAAUCCCGAAAAUCGAAAAUCCCUAAAAGGCCAAUAUUCCAAAAAAGUCAAAAUCCCAAACAAUAAAAUCCGGAAACGGCCACAAUCCCAAAAACUAAAAUCCAGAAUGGAUUACAAUCCUGAAAGGGGCGAAAUUAUACCUAGAAUAUCGUGUGGAAUAAUUUCCUAAAAUACAGAAAAUUUCCCUUUGCUUUCAACAAGCGCGGCUGCAAUAGUUAGAGUAUCUAUGACACUUAAAAAUUCGGAAUUUUGGCUUUCGGGAUUUCCACCCAUUCGUGAUUUUGGCCUUUCGGAAUUUUGGUUAUGCGGGAUUUUGACUCAUUCGGAAUUUUCUCCUUCAGGGUUUUGAUUUCUAGGGUUUUUGCGUUUGGGAUUUUAACCCAUUAGUGAUUUUUCAAAUUCGGGAUUUUAGCCUUUCGGGAUUUUGGUCCAUUCUGAAUUUUGACCCAUUCGGUAUUUCAACCCAUUCGGAAUUUUGGUUUUACGGGAUUUUGGUCCAUUCGGAUUGACUUAUUCGGGAUUUCGACUCACUCGAAAUUUUCUCUUUCGGGAUUUUGGCUUUUGAGAUUUUAGUCUUUUAAGGAUUUUGGCGUUCGAGAUUUCGAUUCUUGGAUUUUGACCGGCACUAGUGUACGCAAAUUUAAGAAGCUGAAAAUCCUGCACGAUUUUACUAAUUUUUAAUAUGAACAAGUUUAGAAUAAGCAAAAUACCUUCAUUCUUCAAAGCGAUAAAUUAGGAUCUAAUGGAUUACAAAACGUUUAGAAGUUUGAUGAAUAAAGCAUUGACUAGCGGAAGUCAAUAAGUUUUGUUUUUAGCUUAAAUCGCUUCAUAUUUUUUCGAAAUUUUCAUCCAUUUUGUAAGAAGAAUAUCCAGCUGGUCCCCAUGGAGAGUUCCGGGUAGUAUAUUUGUUCAAAAUAUCAAAACAUUUUUGUCAAGAAAUCUCAAUUUUCUACUCAAAAAUGCUUCAAAUAUUUAGAAUAAACUAUGAAAAGAUUGUUUUUAGGGUGAAUAUAAAAUGGAAACAUUUUAAUUUCUAAAUCAUACACUUUUUAAGUGCUGUGGGCAUUUUAAAUACUUAUAAAUAUUUGUAUUCUAAGCUGAAAUGAAACUGUACAUCUAUGUAUUGAAUUUUAAAUAAUUCUAAGCAUUAGGAAAAGAUCUUAUAUGAAAAAUUAAAUGCCAGAUUGAUUGGUAUUCUUAAUCACUGAGAAAAAAAUAGGGUGCGAUUAACUUUUCUUCCUCAUAAUUUUAACACUUUUUAGGUGUAAAAAUAUAUCAACAUUUUUUAAUGUUAAUUUUACACCUUUUUAAGGGUAAAAUUAAGAUGAAAAAGGGUAACUUUAACGCCUAAUACACCUAAAAAGCAUAAUAUUUACACCGAUUUCGGAUCAAUAAUGCAGGGUAAAAUUAACAUUUCCGGAAUGUUAUUUUAACAUUUUCGGAUUUCUCUGACUCAGUGACUAAAUCAAAAUAUCACUUCUUUUGGGUACUCAAUAGCCCCUUUGCAGUGUGUAAUAUUUAUGAGCAGGCAAAAUGUAAUUGCGUGAGUGUUUUACGAUACGAUGUGCGCGAAAAAGAGACACAAUGAAUUGCCAAUGAGAGUGAAAAAACACCCACACUGGACAUUCUUGAACUGCUUAAAAAAGUCCAUUUUUGGAUUUUUAAUACAUGAAUAAAUGGGUAAAUAAAAACCCUCCUCAACCUUCUGCACCCACCCAUUUGUUGUGCGUUUUUUUUACUGACAUCUUCAUGUCUGUUCUGUGGAGGAAUUACACAUGGAUUAAGUAAUGUUGUUUUAUUAUACAUCUCUUGCAUUUUUACCUGGUUGGUCGCGCGAUUAAAUAGCAAAAUUGUGUGGGAUUAGAACUGACACGUCGGAGGUUGGAGAAUUGACGAGAAUUGGUUUAAAAUAUAUAUUCCCCCUUAAUGUUUUUUCCAUCUCUUUUUAACUGGUGGUGUUUUUAAAUGUGAGAUUAACUAUUUGAUAUGUCAAUAAUUUCUCAUGCCUCGUUUAUGCCCAAGUUUUUGCAAAUAGUGCAAAUAUUUCAACGUAAGUUUUUUUUUUCUUCUCUUUUCUUGUAAAGAGGUGGAUGAAUGAAAGCGUGUGGUGGCCUUUUGCAGAAAAGAAGUAAAUAAAAGAAAAAAAAAAAACAGAAAAAGACCUCGAUAUAGAAAUUUUAUAAAAUGUUGUCAAGUAUGGAACGAAUUUCCCGAUAUGUUUAUAUUAUAUUA